CAUAAUGAGCAUUUAAUAAAUAUCUGCUCACUGUCCAAUGAAUCAAGGCCUUUCCAAGGCCUUUUAAUCCCUGGGUUUGUAACAAAGGCCUUAGGGGCUCGGGACUCUGAGAUUGUCAGACAAAUUAUGCAAUAGAGUUGAAAGCAGGACUUGCCACAACUUUGGAGGAAUGAUGAGCAGGAGAGGAAAUCAUUCCAUUACUAACUCUGACAGAGAAGCGAAGACAGAUUCACCCUUUUGCCCGCUGGGGAGGGUGUAUGUUCAUUAUUUGCAGAUAAGGAAAUCACUUGGCUCAGAUUUUCAAAUAUCUGGAGCAUUGUUUAAAGGCAUUGCUAAAUUCACUUCCCGGACCUGUGUGAGAGGGUUGUGUGUCAGUGUGCUCACCUCCAAACCCUGAGGAGGCUGUCUGCUUCCAGGGUACACAUACAUGCUAAUUUUCAGCCCCUCCUUUUCUUCUUCCUCUCCUGCCUCCCCAUAGGGAGCUCCAGAUCUCUCUUUGCAUGGGACCGGGUUGGAGAGUUUCAGCCUCCCUUGUCAAACUCUCAGUCUUUUAGGGAAAAGUCUCCUCCUUCAGGUUAGAAAAAUGCACAGAUCAAGACCUGUGGGCAAGAUCAAAAAACGCCUCCAAGAGGUCAAGAAUCAAUGGAGCCGGCUGCCCAAGGUGGACUUCAGUCACAAUGAAAGUGCCAGGUUGGCCCUGGAUGCCCUUCUGGACGGUGGCCCGGAGUCCUACCAGAAGGCUUUGAGCAAAGAAGGGGAGGUGGACUUCUUGUCCUCCGUGGAAGCCCAGUACAUCCAGGAAAAUGCCAAGCAGCCCUAUUAUGCCAAGGAGCAACCUGUGGAAGGAGAACUGGGCCUGCAGGUGAAUGACUCCGGCUCUCUCCAGUCUGGCACCUAUUUCCCCGUGUUGUCUGAGGGCAGUGAGCCAGCCCUGCCGCAGAGCUGGGGCGAGGCUGAGAAGCCGUACCUGAAGGAGAAGUCCAGUGCUACGGUGUACUUCCAGACAGACAAGCACAACAAUAUCAGGGACCUCAUCCGCCGCUGCAUCAGCAAGACCAGUCAGGUCCUGGUCAUUCUAAUGGAUGUCUUCACCGAUGCAGAGAUCUUCUGUGAUGUGCUGGAAGCUGCCAACAAGCGGGGUGUGUUUGUCUGUGUGCUCCUUGACCAGUGUGGUAUAAAUCUCUUCCAAGAGAUGUGUGACAAGGCUGAAAUCCUGGAUAGUCACCUGAAGAACAUUUCAGUCCGGAGUGUGGAAGGAGAAACCUACUGUGCCAAGUCUGGUAAGAAGUUCUCAGGCCAAAUCCAGGAAAAGUUCAUCAUCUCUGACUGGAGAUACGUCCUCACUGGAUCCUACAGUUUCUCGUGGCUCUGUGGCCAAGUCCACCGAAACUUCCUCUCCAAGUUCACAGGCCAGGCCGUGGAGCUGUUUGAGGAGGAGUUCCGACACCUAUACUCUUCCUCUAAACCUGUGAUGGGCCAGCGAUCUCCUGGGCUAGUUAGGCCCCUCCAGCUGAGGGGAGGGUCCAAGGUCCCUCAGGGCAGCUUCACUGACAGCAGCUGUCCAUCUAGUGACCACACAACCUCUGACCCCUUCAGCAACCCAUCUACCAGCAGCAAUCCCUACCACCAGUCUCAUGCUGUGUCUUCAGGGCCAAGUAGCCCCUCCACUCCAAACCCCCCACUUUCCAGGGUCCAUUCCUUCCAGAAUGGAAGGAAUUACGUCCCCUGGGCACCUCAGCCACCUCAGGUCGGCUACCAGUCAAGGCAUUUUGUCACCGACUGCGCAGUGGGCCUCUACAGCAAUCUCUACAGCAGGCCUGGGAGGCUGCGGCUGGAGGAAUUGGCGGUAGGGGCUAGGUUGGUUCCUGGGUGGAGGCCCUUUUCCAAGCCUCACUUGGUAUCUGAUUAGUUCCUUGAAUACCAACCAGGUGGGGACUGAGUCCUCCUGUACUUGGUCCUAGAUUCCCAGGCCCUGGGUCCUAUCUGAAAGGCUAUUGUAGGGCUUGAUAAUGUCUUCAAUGGAGGAAUUAACUCAGGAAAAAAUUCUUGCAGUGAUUAAUGACUCUGACAAACUCGCCUCCAGGCCCUUCCCUGGCUUGGCCCCUGGUCCUCGACAUGGCUUGAUAGCUCCAACUUGGGUUUACUAAUCAUAUAGCAGGCCUCAAUUUGAUUCUACAAACAUUUAUUGAACACUCCCAGAGCUGAACUUCCCUCCAAAAUUGCAAAGAUAAAAACAGUGAAAACCACCUCGGACCUUCCA